GCGGACGACAACAACAAUGUUUUUCUGUGAUAGACUCUACUUAUUUCAUUGAUCACUGGUUUUUUUCGCAUCUUAAUUUUUGGAAGAUUCGAAUUUCGCCUCAGAAUGGACAUAAGCAAGGGGUCGCUUGAUGACAUCAGUCGGCCACCUAGUAACAGAAGUAGGCAGGGUAGUCAAGCAAGCUCAAAGAUGUUUGGGAGUGCACAAGCUGUCAACAGGAGGCUGAUAGAGUCACCAGGAACAUUUCAAGUGUUGCAUCCUGACAAUUCAGAGGAUUGUGACAUAAUAGAAGUGGAAGAUUACUCUGGUGCAUCAGAUCUUGAUAUCCUGGAUGAUUUUACUGAUGACGAAGAUGAGUUUUUUGAGUCAGAGGAAGGAGAAUAUAUCGAUGCAUCAAAUGAGGCAGAAACGCCCCAAGCAACUGGUGGAGAGAAACCAAGCCUUCCGACACAACAGCUGAAUAGUGUGGAACAUUAUCUCAGUAAACAAUUAGUUAUUGCAGGUUAUAAUGGAGACAAUGAUGACGUUGAAGUGGACUCUGAAGAAGAGCGAGACAUCUGUAAAGAAAUAAAAGAGGAAAUCAAGAGACAAGUCAAAGGGGAAAUGCAGGAUGAACUCAAGGUUUAUGAGCUACCUGAAAAGAAAGAGGGGGCUGCUGCAGAGGAUAGAGAUGCCGAUUUGACUGACUUGGAGCCAAAGCUGAGAGAAGCCAUCAUCAAGAUGAGGAAGCUGGACAGGAUCCUAUUGAAGAAGAUGAAGAGGGAGAAGGAUGUGAAGAGAGAUAGGAUGAGGCUCACGAAAAGACUUAGAGAGGAGCUGGAUGAACUGAGUAGAGAAAAUAAGGAAAGUGGUAAAACAGAACUGAAAGAGGUCAAGAACAACACUUUUAAGUUUUUGGCCCUGGCACCUCCUCCAAGUCAUAAUGAAGGCAUAACUCUUGAUGACGAUGAUGAUGAGCCACCCAUCACGCCAGUCUUCCGAACACAGGUGCCUGAUGAAGACUUCCAAACCAAGGAUGCCAAAGAAUCAUCAAGACCUCAAGGAAAUCGAAGCAGAGUGGAAUCAAAUCGAAGUGAAGAUAGUCGUGCGAGCGGUCCCCUGGGUAGUGAGUUGGGAAACAGUACAUCAAGAUCGCGUGCCAGUAAAAGCAGUAAGAAAAGCGGCAAAGGAAAGAAGAAAAAUCAGGACUUUAUUAAGAGAAACAUACAGCUUGCAAGUGAUGCUGCCAACCCUAUCGCCAUGACAGAUGAUGAGAAGAAUAGGUUGGAGGAUAUUCUCAAGACGAUGGAUAUGGAGACGAUAGCUGAGGAACAAAGUGAUGAGAAUCCAUUUCAACUUGCCGUACCCCCGGGAGAAGGAUACACACCUGCACCUGAUGACCAAAAGGCUCUGGAAGAUAUUGAUAAACGAUUGAAGUCACUGAUGGCCCCAGAGGAGUUUGAGGCUCUGAAAUCACCAAGGGGAACAACGUCUUUCCAGCACUGCCUAUUUACACGAACUGACAUGAGGUCAUCGGUCGACGUUGAUAAACUGGGAGAACAAGUCUUGAAAGAGACGAAGGAGGAGAGAGACAUGAGGAUUCGCAUGGAACAGAUUGAGAAAGAUCUGGCUAGUCUUAGUAUUCAUGCUGAUUUAGAGUUUUCUACGCCGGCUUUGUCGGAAGACCAGCUCGAGAUGUUACUGGGUCAGUACGCCAGAUCAGUGGCCUCGUCUGCCUCUCAGUUAGACACCAUCUCGGAGAAUGGAGAGAUCAUAACUGAAAGAUCUGUUCAGAGUGUUGAUAUUUACGAGAACCCGCCCACGCUCCCAGAGAACGUGCUGCAACAGCUGUUGUCAGAGGCAAGGGAGCAGUUAAUGUUCGAUGAGCAUGCACACACCCCAAACACGCCAAAUGAAUCUGACGAUAGAAAAGUGGAGAAGAUUUUGAACACAGCUAGAGAUGAAUUGGCUAUGGAUUCAUUAACAGAUGAACAAAUUCAAGACCUCUUACGAAGCGCAAGAGAAUCAUCACGAUCUUCGAGCAGAAGUACGUUACGGCCAAACUCCAGCUCAGAGAUUCUAACGCAGAGGAACGAUCUUUCACAUCGUGAUGAGGAUCGCGUUAUCCUUCCUGAGAUUAACCAAACAAAUGGCAUUGUGGCGCAAAAAGUAAACAAUACCGACAGACUAAACAACCAGGCAAAGAAAUCAAACUCUGAGCGGCGGUCAGCAAACAUGGGGUCGGCAAAUGUUGUGUGGAAUAGCUUUUCAGAGGAUAGGCUGUCGAGCCGACGGGAUUCAAAUGGACGUAGCAGUGCAAGUAGUUUGAAUGGGUUGCAUUUUGAAGGACGUUCGCCCCGACCGCCCGUCUCUAAUGGGUCACUUGGACCGCCAUUAGUUAAUGGGCAGGCGCACGGUUCUCGAUCCUCGGGGCAGGGUCAUAGUGCUCGGUCACCAAGGUCAACAAGAAGUCAGAGACAGAAUGGGUCAGGGCGGCCAAGAAAUCUACAGCCCAUUAGCACACAUCUUGACUUGGAUGGUUUAAGUGAUGAGGAGUUUUAAACUUUACUUUGCUGUGAGACAUUAUUCUGCUGAUAGACCUUCACUUCACUGCUGUGCUGGUAGUAGAGUGCCAAAAACUUGUAAGUGUGAUUUUAGUCUUUAAGGGGAACUAAAGGCAGGAGUUAGGAGAGCCAAUUGAGGUGACCAAUACGCACAGACUGUCUAGUUUGACUUGGUGAUAAAAGUGUUCCUCAUACAAGUGGGAAUAGUUCUGCGAGUCCAGUCAGUAGCACCAAUCAUUGAUGCCUUAAUCUGGCAUACCUUUAAUUUGUAUAUCCUUACAAAGCAACCAGUUUCUAACUCCACCUAGAUUCAUUUGCUGCUGACCUACAUGCCUAUGUGAUUAUUUACUGCUCUGUCUAAUAGUGCAUCCCUUUUAAGACUUCUGUGACGUAAUCUUUUGUGAUGUCAUCUUAGUCAGUUUCCCAUCAUUUUCUAUGUUUCGAAACUGUCGUUACUUUUAUAAGUUAUGGGUGCUGUCAGAAUUCCGUCCAUGUGUCCUUGUGAAUACAUGUCUCAAAAUAGCCCCAUUUGUUCAACGAUUGGAAGGAACAAAUGUUACAAUGUUUAUCACCUUAAGUGUGCUUUUGCCACUGUAUGUAGAAACCAAGUUUCAUCCCUGUACAUUCCAGUUCCAUGUACAUGUACAUCAGUUUGUUUUUAGUAUGUGUUUUGUGAUAAAACUUUUCGUAUUGACAA